CAGAGCACGCAGCUUACAUGGCGAUGGCGCCGAUCAUGGCGGCGCGCACAGUGCCGUACGCACAGGGGCAGGGCCAUGAGCUGCAGCAAGACUUCGAUUUCUUCUUGGUGGUGGACUUCGAGGCGACGUGCCAGAAAGACGCGCGGAUCUACCCGCAGGAGAUCAUCGAGUUCCCCGCCGUCCUCGUCGACGCCGCCACAGGCCGCCUCGAGUCCGCGUUUCGCCGCUACAUCCGCCCGAAGCACCACCCCGUGCUCACCCAGUUCUGCAGGGACCUCACGGGUAUCCGGCAGGAGGACGUCGACGGCGGCGUGGACCUCGGCCAGGCCCUCCGGCUGCACGACGCUUGGCUGGAGGCGGCGACCACGGGGGUAGGGACCAAGCGAUGUGGCGGCCGCUUGGCCGUCGUUACGUGGGGAGACUGGGAUUGCCGCACCAUGCUCGAGUUUGAGUGCCGCUUCAAGGGCAUCGAGAAGCCCUCCUACUUCGAUCGCUGGAUCAACCUGAGGGCUCCCUUCCAGGCGGCGCUCGGCGGCGGAGGGCGGGUCAACCUGCAGGAGGCGGUCCGGGCGGCGGGACUGGACUGGGAGGGCCGCCUGCACUGCGAGCUGGACGACGCGCGCAACACGGCGCGGCUUCUUGUCGAGCUCAUGCUGCGCGGGGUCAAGAUGAGCAUUACCGGCUCGCUGGCGCUGCCACGGCCGAUCCAGCAGCAGCCGCCUCACAUAAGCCCUUGCCGUGGCUCCUCAGCACUGGCGCCGCCGCCCAUCCAGCAGCAGCAGCAGCCGCCGCCGCCUCACAUAAGCACCUGCGGUGGCUCGUCUGUGACGUGCUUCUGCUACUGCGGCCAGCGGGUGGCGACCAGAGGAGGUGUGGUGUCGGUGCCAGGACCGAUGCAGGGGAAGUGCUUCUUUGCGUGCGUCAAUGGGAGCCGUGUGCUGUUAGUGUGUAGCAACUGAAUGAGCCACGACAUGAGUCUGAGAUUCUAUAUCGACUAGCAUAA